AUGAGUCAAGAUCAUGAGGGUCCAGCAGAGUUGGAAGAUAGUGAUAGCUAUGACUUUCCCCAACCACCGACCAGGGGCUUAACGGACAGAUCACAACAGAGCAUCCAAUGGAAGCCUUCAUCGCGGACGGUCGAAGAGACACUAGCUGAGGGACUCUCCAAUGAGGAUCUCUGGCUGUUGAUCCGGAGAUUCAACAAGCAAAUAUACCAUGUGAAAGCUGUUCAAGAUUCAACCAGUCAGAAGCUAGAUUUGAAUCGAGUCGAAGAUGAACAGUUCCCGCCUGAGAAGCUGCGCAUGACUAUCGAGCGAUUCUAUACGUCGGUUGUUGUUGGCGUGAUUGAGUUCGUUCGACAUGUUGGGAGGCUGAGAUCUUGGAAAGAGCCUGGGCGGACUUCUGCCUUUACAUUGGUCUAUUUCCUUUCAUGGUACAUGAAUUUACUGGUUCCAACCCUACUGAGCGCCAUGAUGGCCUUGAUCAUGUUUCCACCCAUUCGACCAAUUCUCUUCCCCAGUGCUCCAGUUGUGAAAGAUUUAAAUUCACCAGCCGGCAAGAAUGGCCAACCUGAGUCCCAGGACAGUCUCACUGGAGCGCCAGAAUCUCACAAGGGCGAGGCUGCUGAACAAGAAGCCAAGAAUAUGAUCGACAGUGUCGCGACGAUUGCUAUGGAAAGUGCUGCUGCAAAGUAUGGCCAGGCUGUACCUCAAGAUCUUGAUGAAGUACCUCCUGAGUCCGAGGGAAUUGAUAUCGCAAAUAAUCCUGAGGAGGCUGUGCCGGGGGAUCUUGGAGAUGACAAGACAAAGAAGCCUGUGAGGACAAAAGUGGCUCGGGGCACUGACAAGGCCAUGCGUGCAAUCAGUGAUAUCACAGAUAUUUAUGAACAGUUCGGAAAUCUUCUGUCACCCACCCCACCAUUCCUCUUGGUCACGCCACGACUACGUCUCUCGGGUAUACUGGGCUUCAUCUGCUUAGUAUUUCCGUUCACUUCAAGUCAUUCUAUCAUCAAGGCGGUGGAAUUUAUUGUUGGACUUGGAUUCUUCGGUGAUCCACUCUUCACGUUUGGAAUGGCGUUGCUGAAUCGGACAAUCCCUAACUGGAAGGACCAAAUGGACAUUCAAAAGACACUAUUGGAGGGCGUUCCCACUAACGCCCAGUUGACCCUGACGCUUUUCCGAAUUGGAGAAAUCAACUCCGCCCCGUUACCACCGCCACCAAACUCUGGAGACAAUGAGCCGUCGUGGCCAAUUCGGCGCAAGAAGUCCCAAGCCAAGCUUUUGACCCAUGGGAGCAAUCUUGACCUUUCAACCGGCCUUCAAACGCAUGACACCAAUGAGUCUCUCCCGCCACCCAAGCCAAAGAAACGUUUCUUUUACAAGCUCAUGAAAUUCGUCCGUCGCACUAUCGCAACGGCCAUUCGAGGACAUAUCGCCUUCGACCGCGCCAUGGCAAUUGCUGGUUCAGCCCACACAAAGAACUUGAUAACAAUGCUCCAAAAGAAGCAUUUUUCAUCCAAACCAUUUGGACCUCUCAAAUUCGAUGCCAAAUUCAUGAAAAAGAGAGGUGCAGCGGUAAUAGACUCAACAAAAGAGCCACCCAUCCUUUACUUUACGACUUAUCAGUCUGCGGGACUGGAUGAUCUAAGCAUCGAGGCUCGCAAGAAGAGUUCGGUUCUCUUCCAGAUCCCCGUUACGGAGAUCCAGGAAUUGAAGAAGACUGAGGGUCUGGGAUGGAAGGGUAAAUUGAUUGUGGAGUUGACGGCUGGCAGUAAAGAGGCAGCUGAUGGCCUGGUGGUUAUUGGGAAGGAGGAAGCACAGUCGUUCCAUCUCACGGGUAUGAGGUCGCGAAACAUGCUGUUCAACAGAUUGGUGGCUAUGGAUGCGCAGUUCUGGGAGAGUCGUUGA